GGUGGGGGGCGGGGUGGGCGCCAGAGGCGCGAUGCUGGGCGUCGUGGAGCUGCUGCUGUUGGGGGCUGCGUGGCUGGCAGGCCCAGCCCGCGGGCAGAAUGAGACAGAGCCCAUCGUGCUGGAGGGCAAGUGCCUGGUGGUGUGUGACUCCAACCCCACAUCUGACCCUACGGGCACUGCUCUGGGCAUUUCUGUGCGAUCGGGCAGCGCCAAGGUGGCUUUCUCUGCCAUCAGGAGCACCAACCAUGAGCCGUCCGAGAUGAGUAAUCGCACGAUGAUCAUCUACUUCGACCAGGUACUAGUGAACAUCGGGAACAACUUUGACUCAGAACGCAGCACUUUCAUCGCCCCGCGCAAAGGCAUCUACAGUUUUAACUUCCACGUGGUGAAAGUCUACAACAGACAGACCAUCCAGGUGAGCCUCAUGUUGAACGGAUGGCCGGUGAUUUCAGCCUUCGCCGGUGACCAAGACGUGACCCGCGAGGCCGCCAGCAACGGCGUGCUCAUCCAAAUGGAGAAAGGCGACCGAGCAUACCUCAAGCUGGAGCGGGGGAACUUGAUGGGGGGCUGGAAGUACUCAACCUUUUCUGGAUUCCUCGUGUUUCCCCUCUGACUGGCUCGUAUCGGGAAUGGAGGCAGGAGAGAGGCAGGAGGGGAGUGAAAAAGAGGCCGGAAAUUAUCAGGGCAAGGAAGCGGCGCCACCGCAAACU